GAACUUGUCAGUGGUGGAAAGUCAUUGGCAGAAGUGAGUAGUGUCCAGUGAUAAACUGAAUGUCAAUUAGGGAAGAACUUUCACCGGUGAGCUGCGACGUCCAGGUGCGCAAGAGUUGUGCCGUUUUGCUUGUUGAGAAGAUUAAGAUGGAGUGGCGCCAGCAGACCAGUGUCAGCUGUGCAGACGCGUUCAGCGAGGCUCAGCGCUGGAUUGAGGAAGUGACUGGAAAAUCAUUCGGGUCAGACAACUUCCGCGCCGCCUUAGAGAACGGGGUCCUGCUUUGUGACCUAAUAAACCAGUUGAAACCUGGCAUCAUCAAGAGAGUGAACAGACUUUCUACUCCCAUCGCCGGCCUGGAUAAUGUCAGUGUGUUCCUGAAAGCCUGUGGGAAACUGGGACUGAAUGACUCACAGCUGUUUCAUCCAGGGGACCUGCAGGACCUGUCGACUCGUGUCACACUCAGGCGAGAUGAAAGCACCAGACGACUCAAAAAUGUUCUGAUUACAAUCUACUGGUUGGGUCGUAAGGCUCACUUGGAUGCGUUCUACAGUGGCCCCCAGCUUAAUUUCAAGGCCUUUGAAGGGCUGUUAGGUUUGGCCUUGUCCAAGGCUCUGGAUGAGGGAAGCAACGUAAAAGACAGUGGAUACGAAGAGAGUCGGUACCCAGAGAGGGAGGAACGCCGCAGCAUGAGAUCGAGCUAUAAGAAAGGGAACUCUGUGGACAGCAUUGACUUUCUGGACUCCAGGGCUCUGCGAUCGAACGGAGAAGGUUUUGGAAGCGACGCAGAAGCUGAGCAGGUGUACAAAAUGGAGAACACGCAGCCCUCAGCCCACCAAAACAAAGGCUAUAUCCCACCACCGAUUCUUCGAAGAAAACAAGGACGGGAGGCGACUGGAAAGGGCUGCGGUAGUCCUCUCCCCAGAACAUAUCAAAUCCAGGUCAGGCCACAAAGACCAGUUCAGGUUAACCCUGGCUGGAUAUGGAGCAAAUCCCUCAGUGACAUCCCGAUGGUAUACCCUGUGCGCAAAGAUCCUGAUGGAGAUGCCAUUUAUGAUGAAGGCCAGGACAAUAGGAAGAAUAGCAUUGCUGCCAAGGACAGCGAAGCUCAGUGGCAGGAUGAUUUGACAAAGUGGAAGAAUCGUCGCAGGAGCACAAAGUGGGACCUUCGCAGGAAAUCACAAGACAGAGAACACGUCAUUAACCAAAUGACCAAUGGAGCUGUGAAGAAUGCAGGUGGACUGAUAAAGAGAGAUCAGCAGUCACCAUGGAGGCAUAAACAAGCCCCUCGUCCUUACUCCACCUCUCCUCCAUCAAAACCAUCGAGCUCUGAUCUGCGGCCACACACUCGAGCUCUGCUGGCCCGCAGCUACGCCAUUGAAUCACCUUUCAGCCCCCAUAGCGCAGCACAUACAGGGGGAUCAUCAGUCGGAGCAAUGCCUGCCUCUGAUGGGAACAUCUUGGGAGAGGAUACCUACUUUGCCUCAGCGGCUACAGAUGGAGCAGGAGUUGCAGCACCCUCUCUGGACCAGCCUUUCAGCUCUCAUACCCAGGUCAAAUCCCAGGGUAGCCCUCAAAUUUUCCAGUCCACGUUGGAACUAACCCGGCCAGAAAACGUCUUUACAAGCCAAAUCUCCACUCUUGUCACGCAGCCAAAUGGCUCUGCGGAGUCAACCAGCAACAGGGACCCCACUUCAUCCAUGUCAAGUUAUGAGAAACCUUCAUUCUGCAUUGAACCUGAUGCAGUUAAUCGGGCUGGAGUUGAUGCUUGGGAGGACUUGUCACACCAGAACCACAAGUCUAAUGAAGAAAGCCAAAAAUCAUCUUGGGAACCAGCAGUGGAUCAAGGUAGAGCCCAGCGGGCUGCAGGCGUCUACAAGUACCUGUCCAGAGCUGGGACGUGGUCCGGCUCGGCCAGCCUUCCCAGAGGUUUCCGUCGGUCUGAGGGUUCAACUCGUCUUUCUUCUGCCAUCACAGCCAGACCGUUUGGGACGAAGCAGUCCAGAAUGUCCUCACUUCCGAGACUGUGCAGUGUAGAUGACAGUCAGAGUGUGCAGCUGAACAGUGAGAAGGAGGAUUCUCUUUCUUCACCCACCAAAUCAUCGCUCGUACGACAGACUGCGACCGCUCAUCUGAAGGGUCAGAACCAGGCGUCAGUCACACUGGAGAAAGUCAGCCAGGCGAAGCAGAACGCUACAGAACAGGGGAAGGAGGUGAACGGUGCCGGCCUCCCCAGCCGGGCCUCUUUUCACAACAAUGGAUACUCCCAUCUGCCCUCCACUCAGAUUCUGCCCCAGCCGUAUUCAAACCUGCACACUCCCCACCGCAAUAAAAAUGCAACACCACCGUCUAAUGCAACCCCUGACUUCCCUAAGGUGGAUCACAGUGACAUGAGAGUGAGCCUCGCUCUUAAACCCAACAGCGUACCAGACUUUGGUUUCCAUACACACUGGGACUCCACAGGAGCGAGGGUGAAACUCAUUCAACCUGGAAGUCCAGCGGAGCUCUGCCGGCUGCGUGUGGAUGAUGAGAUUGUGGCCGUUGAUGGAGUUCCGGUGACACAGUUGAGCUACAACCAGUGGAAGGAUAAAAUGGCAUCUGCCCUGCAAACCGGCAAUCUGACCAUGGACAUUCGACGCUAUGGCAACAAGGAUUGGAGCACCAGCGAUGGGAGUCAUCACAGCCUGCCAGGCCAGAGCAGGGUGACCCUCAAUCUGAGUGCUGCGGCACCUGUUUUAAUAGCUUGCACUGAUCACCAUGCCAACGGUGUUGCCUCCGCAGAAACGGCAGUCACAGAAGUGUCCAAAUUCAAUGGACAGUCAGACAAUGUAAUACAGGGUAAAGUCUUGGGUGGAGUGCUUUCUGACAACCUCAGGACAGCCAGAAGUAAAGAUUAUAUUAUUACUAGGAAAAAUCAGAAAAGGAGGGCAGAAUUUUUCAAACAGAAAGGAGGCUCAGAAUCUGCAAUAUCAGAUCUGCAGGUGCCAUCCCUCAGCCCCUCCACAUCCAGCUGGUCAUGGGACCGUGAGGAGGAUCGCAGGCGUCAGGAGAAGUGGCAGGAAGAACAGGAGCGCCUCCUACAGGAACAAUACCAACGAGAUCAGGAAAGGCUGGAGGCAGAGUGGCAGAAGGCCCAGCAGGAUGUAAUGGGAGUCUUGAAGUCAGGGCAGAACACCUUCGAGAUAAACACCACUGGUGAUAGUCCUGCCAGCACUCCGCUCCAUGUGAAUGGACUGGCGAACAAAUCCAAAGGAGAAGAGCUGAGCCCUGACAGAGGAGAGCUGAAAGAUGCAGGAGGAAAACUUGAAAGUAAUGUGCAAGGACUGCAGAAUGACAGGAUGGCUGAAAAAGACUGGGCUGAUGGCUCCUGUGGCUUCGCUCAGUUGUCCCCUGCACACAGGGCAAAGUCCUUGUCCACCCCAGUAUUAACAGCCUCCCAGAAGCAGACAAAAGAUUAUCAGAUGAAAAGAAAAGGACAAUCUGUGUCUAAGGCCGAGCAGGAGCGGCAGCAGAUUUUGGAGGAGAUGAAAAAAAGGACUCAGCUUCUGACUGACAACAGCUGGAUACGUCAGCGCAGCAGCAGCUUUUACAAGGAACCCAUCUAUGUUGGGAUUCCUAUGAAGAGGUACGAGUCUCUGGACAACCUGGAUGCUUUGCGUCAGUCCCCAAUCUCACCCGCUAUGUUCCCAAGCUACCCUCGUCCGCACUCUGCUGCAGGUUUCUGUGCUCCGAGUAGGAACUCCUGCUCCCGCUACAGCACUGGAGCAAUAUUGUCCCAAAGAAAUGCAUCCAUGGACUCAUCUCCUAAUGGCUGUGUGUGGGCUGCCGCCGACAUCUCGGAGGAACAGAGAGUGGCGUCCAGGUUCGAGUCCGAAACAGGAAGCCUUACUGUGAGCUCUGCUAUUUCCAGCUCAAGUACACUGGUGCCCUCCCCAUGUGACCAACUCGCUGUACUCCAGAUUGAAGAGUAAAUGGAUGAUUUAAUCCACGCAGCCAAUCUGACUUUUGUUUCCUAAUCAUUGCUAAAACAUGAAUCUCGACAACCUGUGAAUCCACAAGCAAGUUUGAUUCUUAACUGCUGUUUUUAUCAAUUAGACGAUACCUAGUUUGCCUGACCUGUUUUUCUGCUAAUUUAUUUCUGUGGAAAUUUAGAUUUAAUAUAUAUAAUAAAGUAAUGAUGGGAAUUAUUGUUUGAUUUCAUUUUAAUGUUAGUGUUGCUGGUUGUGGCAUCUGCGUGCUGUCUUUAUUCUUUACCCAAUAGUGCAUUAAACAUAUCAAAUAUUUCUUGAGAUGUAGCUCAUGUAUGGAAGCACAUUUACUGAAGCACUUUCAAUCCUAUUGUAAAGUCACCACAUGCACUUUGGGAUAAAUCACUGGUAUGCAUAUAUAUAAUGCAUGCAACUGUCACAUGGAAAUCGGCAUCUUAACUUAAAUGUCUUUUUGUAAAUAAAGUGCACUGAACAUAAU